ACUGACACCAAAAGGCUCAAUCACAGAGAAGUAGUCACAAUUUAUCUCAAUUUAUUGUAAGUCUUUGUUUGUGAUACUUUAGAUAGAUAGAGAGAUGUGCACAGAAACAAAACUUAAAGUUGCUGCAGACGCCCAAAACGAGGAAAUGAGAGUGUAGGAGCUGAUGUGUAGCCUGUUCAGAGGGACAACAGACAGAAAACACUUUGGACACAGCGAGGACACACAGACGCUUCGCUGCAGAGGCUCUGGUCAGGAUGAAGAUGAAGAAGAACAACGAGCUGCUUUUUGUUCUCACGGUGACAGUAAUUAUGUCAGUGCUGGGCGUCACGGCCACUCCAAAACCGACGACUACUACUCCAAAACCGACGACUACUACUCCAAAACCGACAACUGCUAAUACUACGUGGACAACAGGUCUUCCUGGGGGAAAUUUGAAUGGGAUGAUGUUCACUUUGUCUUCAAAUAGUGGAGGGAUAUCCUUGUAUUCCCCGUAUUAUUCUCCUAGUCCUUCACCCUGGCCUUCCGCUCCUUCCUACACCACCCGUCCCUACUACACCUCCACCUACCCUCUCCAGACCACACCGCCUUUGACUAGAGGUUUUUCCGUGUGCCUGCGUUACCUCACCGACAUGCAAACGGAUAUCUUCACACUCAGUCCUUACAGCAGGAACCCUGUGACUCUGCAAGUCACCGAUACUUCGUAUAGGCUGUUUGACAGGUACGGUUACUUGUACCUGCACUUGGAACCCAGCAUAAAAAUCUGGCCGGAUGUCGAACCGGACAUAUGGACCAGCGUCUGCCUCGCCGUGGACUCCGUGACGAAUGUGGCCCAGGUGUUCAGCGGCUCGAGAAUGAGCAUCAGGAAGAUUCUGCCUGUCAAGUAUGUAUGGACAGGUGAGCCUGUGAUUGAUUUUCCAGGUUUUGAUGGUCAGGUGACCGACGUCCAGGUGUGGGAUUAUCCUCUACGCUACAGAGAAGUCAUCGACUACAUGAAAACCAGUGCCUACAAGCUGUACCGCGGCUCCGUCCUCACCUGGUCCUACAUCAGCUACUCCCUCAGAGGAAACACGCUGUUGGAGGACGUCUACGAGAUUCAGGCCAAGCAGCCAAUGGCCAGAAGGGGGAGAGGGCGUCGACCGAAGGGAGAGAAGAGGAUGAGGAGGGUUUUCAGGACGGGGCAAAGUAAGGACAGAGAAAGACAACGGCUCUAAUGAAACAAACAGGGGCUUGUGUAGGAAAAGCUGCGUACUCUGUUCCUCCUUUUACGUUCAAAACGUCAAUUAGAAUCAACAAAUGAGAAUUCAUCAGCUACCAAUGAUCAAUAUGAAAUGAAAUUCAAAUGUUACUGACUUAUUAUGUUUACAAGACAGCAAUCCAAUCUCAGUAGAACCCUGUAGGCUAAUUCAUUACAUUUUUACUAACAGCUGUGACUUUUGAUUGUUCUCUUUUUUAAUUAAAAAAAUAAAGAGGUGAC